AUGGGCAACGAAGCAUCCGCAUCCACCUCGAACUCUGCAUAUCCCUUUUCUUCCACUCACAAUGAAUACAAUGCUGAUACGGAUACGGAUACGGAUAAGAUCGCUUUCACUGGAGACAGAAAAAAUCAACAAUCUCGCUCCGAGGAGAUAUCAUCAUUGAUUCAUUUUGCAGAGUCCAACUAUGAAAGUAGACCAAAUGAAUCACUAUCCGCGUUGAUGGAAGCGAUGACACUCAACAGUGGUCCAGCCAGGGCCACUCAUGCCAUGAAAUGUAUCAAGGUUGAACUGGAACGACCGGAAAAUUUAGGCAAUGCCAUCCACACUGAUUUAUUCACGAAGCAACACUCAUCAAAUGAUCACAGAGUAUCAGUCCAAAGCAUGGAACCGGAUAAGCACCAACGUAUUGCCCAAAUUGUACAAAACCUCCUGGCCGAUCGAUCGACUUAUUUGUAUCAAAUGGGACAUCAGAAUAUUUUACAGCAGGCGAUGGAAGAUGGCAGCUCGGUUGUAUGUCGCCAUUGCAAUGGUAUGAUCCCCGCCAAGCGUUGGUAUCAGCAUCAGCAGUACUGGUGCCAAGUAACUGCGAAUAAUUUGCACACGGAAAUUGGCGAGAGCGACGAUGAUGUCAUGUGCUGUAAUGAUGAAUGA